GUAGUCAGUCAUUUUUUCUGUGUGUUAUACGCGUGUGAGGUCGGUUAGCGAAAUCUUUGUUGUACCGUAUUUAUGCAAGGAGUAUAGUGGAAAAUUUUCCAACAAUAUUAAUUAGACUAUCAUAUAAAUUAUUAAAAAUUACGAUCAUAGUCCGUUCAAAUCAAAUACAAUGAUUGUGAAGUGCUUUUUAAUAGCAUUUUUCAUCGGUGAGUAUCUAUUUUAUCAAUGCUUCACACUGCCCGAAAAUUUCACUGUACCACCAGAGCUUGAAGGCAAAAUAGAUAAAAAUCAAUUGGAAGGAUUACAGAAUCAAACAAUGCCUGCUAUCAAGAAGAAAUGUGAAGAAAAUGGAGGUCCGGCUGCUUAUGAGAAUGCCAAAAAAGCUUAUGAGGAGUUAACGAAUUGUUUGAAGGCUCUUGUUGACCCCACAAAGUUACAAGAGGAGAUCGAAGCGGCUAAGCCAAAUGGACAAGUCGACGAAGUAUUUAAAGGAUACUGUGCGAAAACUCCAUCUUUUAAAAAGUGCUUCAAAAAUAUGACAGAGGCAGUCAAGCCAUGUUUCACUCAGAAAGAGCGAGACAACCUGAAGACUGUUUAUAACGUCACUGAGCAAGUUGCAGAGUUCAUAUGCUUCAAGGAAGGCGAUAGGAUUGCAUUAUUCAUCGCUGAGGGUGGACGGGAAUGUUUUGAGGGCAAACAGGAAGAACUACAUAAUUGCGCUAAUAAGACCCUCGGCACUGAUUAUCAAAUUGACCCCAAAAAUCUCUCACCUGAUAGCAUACCUGAUAUCUCAUUUGGAGAGAAACAAUGCCGCGAGUUAUCCGAGCUUCAGACCUGCGUGGUGGAUGCGCUCGAGAAAUGUCCGACCCCUACAACUAGCAACAUCGUCGAGUCCAUGUUUAAGUUCAUACGUAAAGCAACGCCAUGCGCCGAUAUGUCGACGGAGUCCAGGAAAAGUGAGCCUAGUGCAGCCACCGGUCUAGCUGUGACAUCGGCCACAAUAGUCCUCGCAAUCGUCUCACUGUUUAUUUAAAUUACGUAUCGCAACAAUAUAAUUAUUAUUUUACAUUUGUAACGUGCACAUCAACAUAUGAUUCAAUGAAUUAUCAAUUUUAUAACAAAUCCUAAAGCUCUAUUUAUGGCACUUGGUGACUUUUGGAAAAUUGUGAUUUUUAUUUUUUCUAUUAAUCUUAAAACGAGUAAAUGUACUCUAACAGUGGUAGUUAAUUUUUAAAAUGCUAAUUUGUUAUAUUUGUCAUUUAUGCUGAAGAGAAAAAUAUUUACAGAGUAAUAGAUGUGUAAAUAAUACUAGGUUUUGCAUUUUAAGUUAUAUUUUUUAUAUUAAAAAUCAUGUUGUGAUCAGAAUUAAAUGAAAUUUUUUUACAUUCAAAGCACUAUUGCCGAUCUCGUUACUGUUGAUUGCUCAACAUCUUUGUUUUUUUUAUAUAUUUUCUGUUUAUGAAGUAACAGUAUAAUGUAUUUUUUUAUAACGAUAGGCAUGUACUUGUAUUUAAUUAUGAAUACAUACAAACUUUCAUUCAUUUAAGAAAAGAAAGUCUAGAUAUACUUUUUCCAUUAAAAUAAUUUGCUAGAAUAACUAAACUAAGUAAUUUUGCAACGACGUCGCCUAAUUUCCAAAACUGUUAGUCAUAGAAAUUGUACUGGAGCUUUUAGAUGUGUUAUUAAAAUAGUUACCUAUCUACCUUUAUCGUUAUAUCGGUGAGCUUUUCGAGUACAAUGCGGGCAUAGCCCUCUAUAUUUAGCGGUAUUAUAAUAAGUAAACUUGUGCUUCGAAUUAGAAUAAGAAAGCUUUGAUAAUACUUUUAGAAUGUAGUUACAUAUCAAUGGUGAAAGUUUAUCAAUAUAUUCGUGUAAAGACCAAAACAGAAUACUAAAGUAUUGCCAACAUUAAAAUAUAGUAACUAUAGUGUAAAAACGUCAUUCAACUUUAUCAUAAAUUAAUAUGUUUAAGAUUGAAUUUUGUAACAUUUUAUACACAGAAAAUAUUUUAUUAACGGUAACAUAUCUAUAGGAAUAUCCAUAAAAAUAUAUGCCAAUAUCCAUGCCAAAAAUACCGCUGUAAUAAAAGUAAAUUAUACAUUGAAAAUACUCUCUUAAUUAGUUAAUUCGUUGCGUAACAAAGUGAAAAAUUAAUGCUGUCCAUAGUUUUAAUGUGUCAGUAGAAAGGCGGACUUACAUAUGUAACGAUGAUUAAUGUGAAUGGUAUUAGAUUUUUUUCCCACUAAAAUGUAUUAUGAAUUAGAUUAGAUUUAUUAUGCGAACUGGAGCUAACCACGCAACUGUACAAAUAAACUGUUAAUAACAGAUUACAUUGGAAGAAUAAUAUAAAACUUAUAGAAAAAUAAAAAG